AUAAAUACUACUCCGGCCAUGUCUUUCACCCGAACAAUAUAUCACAAAGUACUGUUAUCAAUAUAAGAUAGCUGUGAAGGAAAAGGCUAGGAAACAAUGGCAUCAGAUCAGUGUGAAGGUAAGAAUUCAUGGCCAGAGCUCGUUGGCGAGCAAGGGACGGUUGCGGAGGCCACAAUCGAGAGGGAGAAUUCUCUUGUCAAUGCCGUGAUCGUGGAAGAAGGAUCGUUUGUCACGCAAGACUUUCGCUGCGACAGGGUUUGGGUUUGGGUCAAUGAAAAUGGCACCGUUUGUAGUGUCCCGACUAUUGGAUAAGCCUACUUUAUCUUAUUUUAUGAAUAAUCUUAUUAAUGUUAUUUUAUGAAUAAUCUUGGGCUUAUAAGUCCAUAUUGUUGAA